AUGAACAAUAACCACCGCCAACCAGCAUUCUACCAACUCCCAGGCCAUAUAAACAUCCAAGCCGCACCUCUCCCACCCUAUCCCCUCUACUACCUCGGUCUCCCAGUCCCCCAAUUCGCAACCCUCACCCAAGCCAACGCCUGGGUCAACCAUCCCAUCCUCCACCCCAGUUUCGGUCCCCUCCCCCUCCCCGAUGACCAUCCAGCCGUGCCCUAUCCAGCCGAGCCUGGCAUGCAAUGGCUAGGCUACAUUGCUCCUUCUGCCGGCCGCUACAUCCCCAUGGAUAACCCCGCGCAUUAUAUAAAUCCAUACGAUAUCGAUGGACCACGUGGAUUCCCUCCACAUCUUCCUCCAGCACGUGCUCUGGUAUAUCCUCCUACUAUCCUCCCUCCUCAAAUCACCUACCAACAACCAGCUAGCCAUCUAGCUCCAGCUUUACGCCCCCACCACCCCCCUCCACAUUAUUCUCGCUUCGCUCCCCCUCCUCCUGUCGGCUACCUUGCUGGUGGCCUCCCAGGGCUUCAAAACAGCCUUCUAAAUACCAGCCAUGGUCUAAAUGGCCCCCCAAUCGCCAAUCCAAUGGCUAAUUUGGCCGUUAUUGGCUACCAUGACGAGAACAAUGUGGUAGCGAUGGAGAAUCAGCGAAUCUUGCGGCAGAUUGAGAUUCCGGAUCGACCGGAGGUGAUGGAUGAGUUUUGUGAGGAAACUAGAAGAGAAGUGGAGAGAUUACGACCCAUUUGGGAGAGAGAGCAAGCUAGCGGUGCUUCUUUGAGCGAUUUUGGUCCAAUUGGUGCUGAUACCAGUGGCGGUGGUGGCGAAAUAGGUGCUGGAGAGCUUAGUGGGAGUGAAGAGGAUAGUCUCAGUUCGAGCGACAUGGACUACGAGGGAUAG